CUGAAUGUGAAAUUAUAUCGAUUUGCAAACAUAAUCGUCGUGUCAAGAUUAAAUAAAUUUUAUGUUUUGAACAUGAUUUCAUGAGUGUAUCAAACAAUUUUAGAUUAGUAAUCGGUAUUGCCAGUUUGUGCUACACGACGUCGUAAAGUGUUUGGUAGAAUUUAACGAUGGGCGCUGGACAAAUAGGAGGCAUUGCCACUUUGCUGGACAUCGACUUCCAAAAUGCUGCAGGAUUUCAGGGCGUACCAGCUCAAACAACGGAAGGACAAUUUAUUGUACACUACCUGUCACACGCCAUGUUAUUCUGUGUGGGAGCAUUGAUAGAGCCGCAUGUGGUCCUAACGCCGGCGAUAUGCGUUUUUGGAGAAAAAUAUAAGUUUUUUGUGUAUGCUGGUACACACCGGUUUAUGGAGGGCGUUGGCAUAUCGAGACAGGUUCAGCACCUCUGCAUUCACAAAGGUUAUAACCACACGUCACGUUGGAUGCGGUGUUCCCCUGAUAACUUAGCGCUUUUGGUGCUUAAUCAGCAGUUCUUCUUCCACAAGCGAGAGCCAGGGACAGCAUACGUAUUAAACAGAGUACGCUACGGUGUUACCACUAAUUUGGAAAAACGUAUUGGUGAUCCAACUUGUCAUUACUUCGGAUGGGGGAGUAGACGAAAUGGUUAUCUGAUUCCUUUGUUGAUAGACCUCUUACGUGUUGACGUCACCCUGUUACCUCCAGAGCGUUGCCUUCAAAUGUGGAAUUACAAAAACAAAUAUCUUUGUAUACAACAACCGCCUUGCAAGACCGAGAAUCAUGGAGUUCUAUGUCCGGAUGACCUUGGAUCCGUUCUUGUCUGUUCUGGAUAUGCUCAAGGAAUGAUGACGUCACGCUUGAUUGACAGGCCAUGCGGUGUAGGCUUUAUAGACCUGAGCCAAUACACGAAAUUCCUGACAUGUGGUGUCGAUGACUCCAGAGAUGUGGUCGAUCAGGAUGAGUUCAUGUCCUUCGAUUUUCAUACAAUGAAAACACCAUCAACACCAACUUUAGCAACAGCUGUUAUAUCUAAUGAGACGGACGCGUCUCAUUAGAUAUCUUUUGUGAUUUUAUUAAAACGUAUUUGUAAUAUGUA